UUUACCAUUCGUCAGAGACUAUAAAACGCCACGACCUCCGAAGAGGAAUUCGCCAAUUUUUACUCGCCGCUUUUUGGUCCGGUGAAGACAUGGAGGUCGAACAACACACCGUAGUAGAAGAGCGAGACAUGGAGCGCGAGAGCUCUUCCCCGAAGAAACAAGAAUCGAUUGAGCGUAAACCCGAAGUGCUGUGCAAAGUUUGCGGGGAUAUUUCGUCUGGAAGGCACUACGGAGUUUAUACGUGCGAUGGCUGUAGCGGUUUCUUCAUGCGUAGCGUGCGAAGAGACAUGGUCUACUCCUGUAAGGGCAACGGAAAUUGUGUUGUUGACAAGAAACGACGAAAUCAGUGUCAAGCUUGCCGGUUUCAGAAAUGCCUCGAUGUCAAGAUGAACAGGUUUGCCGUGCAACAAGAAAGACAACCAAAUUCCGCUCGCCUUCUCAAACCGCCCAUGGGGGAUGAAUACGCCAGCAAACUCGUGAACAGUGACUUCCUGACGAGUCUGAUUGUCGCGGAACCCUGUCGGGAAGCCGUACAUCGCUUUGGGCAUCAAGCGCCAGGAAUUCCUUAUCCAUCGCAACAAGAAAUCGCUACCUCGCUGUACUGCUCGACACCCGAUGCCAUCUGUGAAUCUGCAGCGCGUUUGUUGUUUAUCUCAGUAAAGUGGGCGCGAAAUAUCCCUUCGUUUGUGAAUUUGCCGUUUAGAGAUCAAGUUAUUUUGCUGGAGGAAGGCUGGAGGGAGUUAUUUAUCAUGGGAGCCGUCCAGUGGAACAUGCCUCUCGAGGUAGCACCUCUCCUGGCCGCGGCAGGAAUGCAUGUGGAUAACACGCCUGCGGAAAAGAUUGUCGCUACUAUGGCCGAUAUUCGUAUGCUGCAAGAAAUCAGUGCGCGAUUUCGAAGUCUCCAAGUUGGCGAAGCGGAGUUUGCGUGUUUGAAAGCAGUGGUUCUUUUUAAAUCCGAGCUCAGAGGACUGCGAGAUCCACAGCAAGUGGAGUGCUAUCAAGACCAAGCACAGAUCAUGCUGGGAGAUUACAUCAGGAGGCACUUUCCCGGUCAGCAAGUUCGCUUUGGGAAGCUUCUCUUGAUGCUGCCGUCCCUGAGGAUGGUGAAUCCUAAAACUAUUGAAGAACUGUUCUUCCGGCAAACGAUCGGGAGCGUGGCUAUUGAGAGCUUGCUUUGCGACAUGUUCAAGUCAAGCUGAACAGGACUCGUUCAUAGAUCGAUAACCAAAAUACGAGCGCUUACGUAGAACAAAGACAACCUAUACCACAUUAGCUGCUCGGUCGAAGUGACUUACUUUUCGAAAGUUGUAUGGUUUUUAAGAUUGUAUCAUACUAGAGAUGGCAACCUUUACAAGUCAUGAUUAGUGAAUCGUAGCCACAUUCACUUUUUCGUUUAUAGAAUAUAAAUCGGCUCUUGAAAGAACAUUGACCGUAAGUUAACAAACAAUUAAUUAAUGUAAGCUAGGAAAUAAAACGCACUUUUGCGCGUUCUUCUUGUGGCAACUGAAAACACAGAGAGUUGUCCAUAAAGAACACAUGAAGUCAUUGAAGGACAACUUACGAAAAUCAAUGUUCUUCGAUAAAGAAUACAACUUUCAAUUUUCAGGAGAGAUAAAACCAAUCUUUAAUUUAGAGUAAGGACAUGACUGAAGGCUUCUUUAGCAAGCUUUGGAUAUUCGAUGAUAACCGACGGUGCGCACUUGCGGAAACAUUGUACAACCUCCUCUACUGGAAAAUAGACUGAAACUGAUGUAGAUUUGUAUUAAA